AUGGCUGUCAGACCCUCAACCGCUCGAAGCGAAAUCUCCUCUGCCAUCUCUGAAGAUGGGUACGGAUCCAGACCCCAGUCAGGUGUCCCUCUUCCUGCGCUGCCCAACCCCCCCUCUUCACAACAUGGUUACGCGCAUCUAAGAGGUAUCACGCAACCUACAAACCGCUCGAUAAGGAGCAAUCCCUCACCGGCCACUCCUGCCGCGCCCUCCAGUACCGCUGGCUCGAGUCGGCCACAGAGCCCUGUCUCUCAGGGGAGUCGCACCCAUGUUCCCUCGUUAACGGCGCAAGGCUUCUUCAAGCCGAUGAGCUCCCAAAGAUUACAAGCACAAAGAUUGAGGAGGCCUCUCGGCGCUAGAACAAUGCAGCCGCCGGCGCCAAUUCCAGAUGGUGAUGUUGAUGAAGAUGCUCGAAGUGUUGCGUCGAGCAGACAAGGCCCGUUCCAUGCGAUGCCUAGGAGCCAUCGUCCUGCUCCAUCCAUCACGACGGAAUAUACCCAAUCGGAAGCGCCAGAUACCGCCGAUGCCGCAUCUCCCGAUUUUGCUUCUCAGAAUGACGGCGACACGCAGCUCGUCAAUGGUGUCAACUCUCAGAAACCGCGUCGGCCAUCUCGGUUAAAUAUCGCGACCACUCUCAAGGCUGGUGAUCCGCCUCAGAAGUCACCGCUGUCUUUCCGUUCAGGAUUGAGCCUAGCAAGCAAGCACCGCUUGGAAUCAGGACACCUGCAUCUGUCCUCCAAUGCCACAUCUCCCGCAUAUCCACCGGAUACUAAUACCGAGGUCGCGGUAAAGAGUGCCCUGGGCAAGAAUUAUGAGUAUUUUGAGGGUAAUACGAUCUUUUGGCUGGGAGGGCGUGUUCAAAACGCUCGAGAUCGUCCCAUCAAUAUCGCCACGGGCAUACUCUUAGUUCUGCCAGCGAUCUUGUUCUUCGUUUAUUCGUGA